AUGUCUGCCGAGCAAUCCACCUCUUCCUCCGUCGCCACGUUCAAGCGUUACGUCGAGGUCGGCCGCGUCGUCUUGCUCAGCGAAGGCCCGCAAGCUGGCAAGCUCGCGACCAUCGUCGAGAUCAUUGACCACAACCGAGUACGCACCGCUUCUCUUUAUGCAUUCCAACCCACCCGGAAGGACACUUUUACUCAUACAUUCCCUCCUCUCCCACAGGCAUUGAUCGAAGGCCCCCUCACCGGUGUCCCCCGCCAAUCGUUCCCUUACCGCCGCCUCGUCCUGACCCCCUUCGUGUUGAAGAAGUUGCCCCGCGCCGCCGGCACCGCGACCGUCAAGAAGGUGUUCGAGGCCUCGGGCGUCCUGGCCAAGUGGGAGGCAUCGGCAUGGGCCCAGAAGCGUAAGGCCGUCGAGGCGAGGAGGAACACGACCGACUUUGACCGAUUCGAGAUCAUGCUCCUCAAGAAGCAACGCCGUCGUUUGGUGCAGGUACGUCUUAUGAAAUGGGAUACUCGGCUAGGGCAAUUCACUCACUCGUUCCCUUCUCUCUUGUAGGUCGCUGCCUCCAAGGCCAAGAAGUCCGCAUAA